AUGUACUGGCGUGAGUCCUGGGUCGGGUCGUGGAUGCCACCGAGCUUGCAGCACGACAGCACGUGCAACGUCCGCGACACUCACCACAAGAUUGCGAGUAAAUUCUACAAGCGGCCCUUUGCGGGCAUUAUCAUUCGGAGUUCUGUUAGUCUUUCGUUCAAAGUGCUUGGCGAUUCUCUGGAGCCAGAUGCUCCCCCGGUCAUACUACUUCACGGUCUACUUGGGAAGAAGACACAUUGGGAGAGCGUUGGGAAGACCAUAAUGAACACGGCGAAGCGAGGAGUUGUCGUCGCAGACCUAAGGAACCAUGGGGACAGUCCACACACCAGCUCGCACACUUACAUAGACCUAGCAGAGGACGUAAGGGAUCUGGUCAAGAAACUGAACAUCGAUAAAACCACGCUGCUUGGCCACAGCAUGGGCGGUAGAACGGCCAUGUCUCUCGCGUUGAUGAAGCCCACAGUCGUGUCCAAUUUGAUAGUCGUAGAUGUGUCCCCGGUUUCCUCGCCUGGCAAGAUGGAUGACUUCUUUCCAAGACUUUGGGAUGUUAUGAAAUCCGUUAAAUUUGAAGCGAAAACCCUUGCUACUGCUAGACAAGAAGCUUUGCAUAGGCUCAAAGAGUCUGGUGUCGUAGAAGACUUUCCUACGUUGAAUUUUUUAUUAAUGAACGUGAUUGAGAGGAAGAAUGGCCAAUUUGGUUGGAUGUGCAAUGUUGUAGUGUUGCAAAAACACUUCGAAUACAUUGCUUCCUUUCCGCUAGAGCUUGCUGGCAAGUUCUACCAGGGCCCUACUCUGUUCAUCGCUGGUGGGGAAUCCAAUUAUGUUCCGCUAAGUGACACAAAGGGAAUCCGAGAAUUCUUUCCACAAGCAGAAAUUCAAUUUGUAAAGAAAGCCGGCCACAACGUCCACUUUGACGCCCCAGAUACAUUUUUAAGCCUAGUCACCACCUUUAUUCGGGAGUACUCAUUAAAGUAA